AUGGCUUGCGGAGGCCGGUUUUGGGUAGAUCUUGCCAAGGGAAGCUACCGCAAGCUUCGGCACAUCAACUACGACUUUCUCUCACAGUGGUCUUGGCUACACAAGCUCUUCACUGCUUGCUUCAAUUGGUUUCGGGCUGGGUGUGUUUUGUACGUCGACGUUGAUGCUGGUGAAUGGAAAUACACAACAGAGUCAGCACUUCGAAAGCCUGGCCCUAACACCACCCGGCUCGCUGUGGUGUCCGAUACACACCUCUACCACCGGCAGGUUUGGAUUCCCGCCGGAGAUGUCCUUAUCCAUGCAGGAGACUGCCUUGCAGAGUGGGGCAACGGUGUCAAGGAACUGGAAGACUUUGCUGCCUGGCUCCACGCCUUGCCUCACCGGGAGAAGUUGGUGACAGGCGGCAACCACGACAAAGCUUUCGAGGACCUCGGACCAGAGCGCAUGGCCCAGAUUCUCGCACCCUGCGGUGUCAGAUAUCUGCACCCGGAUCUGUGCGCAAGUCGAGAUGCCGGCGGAUUGGUCGUUGCAGGCUGCCCAUGGUCUAUCCGUGUGAAUCCGAUGUCGGUGAAUCGGGCCUUUCAGCCCACUGCGGACGAUGAGCGCCUGUCAAUUCCUCCUCCGCACUGCGACGUGCUGGUGACCCAUGGACCAUCCAUGGCAAGCCCAGUCUGGCAUGCAAAUGUCCGAGACAGACGGCCCCGGCUUCAUUUGUUUGGCCAUGAGCACGACAAGUAUGGUGUAAACUUCGAGGAUGGCAUGGUCCAGGUGAAUGCAGCCUUGUGUAACGACUUCUUCUGCGCUGUGCGACGCCCCGUCGUUGUGGAUAUCUUGCGAUCUCGACAAUGA